CCGUCCCCUUUCAGGGUCUCGGCGAUUCCCGAGAAUUCAUUGCCACCCAGGGGCCCCUCCCGCAGACGGUGGGCGAUUUCUGGCGCCUGGUGUGGGAACAGCAAAGCCGCACUAUUGUCAUGCUGACCAACUGCGUGGAGUCCGGCCGGGUCAAGUGUGAACACUACUGGCCCCUGGAUGCCCAGCCUUGCAACCAUGGACGCCUUCGGGUGACUCUGAAGGGGGAGACGGUGGCCGAGCACUGGACGGUUCGAGACCUGCACCUGUUUCAUAUGGAUGUGAAGGAGGACCUCUGCGUUCGCCAGUUCCACUACACAGUCUGGCCUGACCAUGGGGUUCCCCGCUCUCCAGACCCACUGCUGGCCUUCCAGGCUCUCCUGCGCAAGUGGCUGGAGCAGAGCCCAGAGGGGGGCCCUCCCAUUGUCCACUGCAGCGCUGGUGUGGGCCGUUCGGGGACCUUCAUCGCCCUGGAUGUCCUGCAGAGGCAACUGCAGAAGCACGGGAGGGUUGGGGUCCAGUCCUUUGUCCGAAGGAUGAGGAGAAGCCGCCCACUGAUGGUGCAGACAGAGGGCCAGUACAUAUUUCUGUACCAAACGCUCUUGAGGCAUCUGCAGCAGUCAGAAGACCAAGAGGACGUCCUGUACGAGAACAUGGACGCCAUCAAGGCCUAUGAGCAGGAGCUCCGUGACAACUGAGCCCCACUUUCUGGGGUUCUGGAUUCGGGGCCCAGUCCCCGGGAUCUCCAAGGAGUUAGCUGGGAGUAGGGACACCUGGGUUCUUGAUAUCUGGGUCCCUCCCAGUCAUCAGAUUGAUGAAGAGAUUUGGGGAGUCUCAGAGAGGCUGAGCCCUGUACGACCUGUACAUAAUACCAAGCUUUUAACUUAUUAAAUCGGCACUCUGGCCCAUGUCGGGGGCGGAAUGUCGGAGCACCAAGGUA